UAUAGCUGUAACGAUAAAUAGAAUGGUCAUUACUUUAAAACGAAUUGACCUUUUCAAAUGAAUACUUUUAUAGCCUACCUAUCAAAGUUACCAAUUACUUUUCAUUAUAUAUAAUUUUUGUAUAUGGUUAAUAAUUAAACUAAUGACUUCAAGUUAUUGAAAUGUUGAUUAUGUUAUUUAUAAACGAUAUACGCCGGUGACGCUACUACUGAUAGUGUACACAGAUCUGUUUUGCAAUUCAAAUUUUGAUCUGCAAAUUUACAUACGAAAUUUAUACAAACACGUUAUAAGAGGCCGUUAAGCGCCAAAAGGCAAACACGUAACUCAUCCAGCAACAUAUACCGCAAGGACCUGGCAUAACAAACCCAGUGCACACAAACAAGUUCGAUCAGCUGAUUCGUUCUUUGUUGAGAAAUUGUUUUGAUGCGAAACAGCUGAUCAGUGCACUCAUGCGAAACAGUUACGUCAUUCGAUUAUAAGAUGUCUGUGUUCCAGUUCUAGAAAACAAAACAUUUUUUUUGCCCCCGGUUAAAUAGUAAAAGUCACCAAGUGACGCCCAUUAUGACCAGGCUGGUUCGUGUGUUUUGUAAAUAAGUAACACGCUAUAAUCGUUAUUUAAAUUUACCACGUAUAAUUCUAUGCAUGACUAUUUAAAUAUUCAAACGAUAUUCAAAAUACCCACACAAAGUGUUUAUCCGCAAUAUAGGGACGUAUUUAUCUGCAUUAUAGAGCCGACGACUUAUAGUAUACAACGGUAUUUACAUUUAUCUUCAAAGACAGCAAAAAUGAAGGUUGUAGUCUUUAUUUCGAUUUUACUUCACGUCGCAUGGGCUAAUAGCACCACCGAUGUCACAUCCACGUGCAACUCCAUCUGUAAGGACAGAAAUCCAAACUGUGACACGACAGGUUGCACUGUAAUCUGGUCGCGAAUCUUGUGCGCAAAGACUUGUGGUGUAUGCUCUUGCAGCAAUGAAUGUGACAAAUGUGUGGACCGCUACCGAAGCUGUCCGGUGUUAAGAAUGCUUUUCAACAAUUUGUGCCAAAAAAAUUUUGGAAUGCUAGGGUGUCGAAAAUUCUGCAACUUAUGCGCCCCGUGUACACCAUCAUCAUCACCAUCAUCUUCUUCUCCUUCAUCAUUGACGCUCCCAUGUGAACCUGACCCCAAAAAAUGCAAGGACGAUUACUCGUUUUGUACGAACUGGAAACAAGAAGGCGGAUGCCUACCAUCAACGUCUGUGCACUCAACAAGCGUGAGAGCUACAUGUCAGAGGUCUUGUGGUAUUUGUACUCGCUGUGAGGACCUUUAUGCAACUCCCACCAGCACCCCAACUACGACUACCAGCAUUCCAAGCACAGUUACCAGGACUAGUACCACAACAACUACCAGUACUUCUGCCACAACUACUAGCACACCAAGCAAGAUUAUGAGAACUCUGAGCACAACUACCAGCACUCCUGCCUCAACAACUACAAGCACUCCCAAUGGUUUACGUUAAAAGCCAAAUCUCAAGUCUUCCAAUACAGAAUAUACAGUAGGGUGGGGAAUAUGGGACACUUUUUCACUCUAUUUUCCAGUUCCUUCGGUAGUAAACACAGAACAUUGAUAGAUUUAUUAAACCGUCUCGCCACUCCCAUAGACUAUUUUUAAUCGUUUAAAAUACGAUCAGGAUAUUUGGAUAUUACGUGCUUAAGUGUCCCGUCUUACCCCACCCCACUAUAUAGAAGUCUACCUAGUACUAUACCCGGCAUUGCUAUAUACUGGUAACACAACUCGUUAUAUAUUAAUCAAUUAUAAUAUACUGUAUCAUUAAGAA